ACCCUUUUCUCAAUACACAACUUACUCUGACCUCAAAGCCUUCAACCUCUCCCAGGCAACAGUCGUAGGUGUUCUCACAGAGCAACAGAAGGCUGAGCUAAUACUGGAUCCAGACAGCGGCGCUUUGGAGGAUGUCAACUUCGUGAGGGACGUGCUCACAAGCCUGAAACUGUCCGGCAAGGACGAACAGCUCAGUCAGUUUUUCCAGACGUUUGCACAAAUCAGCGAGAAGAAAAACAUUACCUUCAUCACAAACGCAGCUGUACGAGAAACCAUACUGAACAUAAGCCUGACGGCCCUGGCGCCUGCAUUUGAGCUCUUUGGAGCACAAGAAUUCCAGCUGUGGUUCCAAGUCUACCUUGUUCCUGUGAUGCCAAGCCUCCGUCCUGCCUACCUGAGGGUGAUUCCAAAGGACAUCAGCUGCGCAUCCUACAUGGCCAUUCUCACCGGUCUUCAGAAAACAUCGAAAUUCCCUCUACCACCGGAGCUGUCGAUGGGCAUCAAUUCAAGCAUCGAGUUCCUCAAAGAGACUUUCCCACGUUGCUCGACACCAGAAUCUUUCACGUGCAAGGAAACAGUUGUUGAUGAGAACCUCAUCUGCGCUCAGGUCAAUAGGUCACUAGUCCAACAAACGCUGGCAGCUGACAACUCCUCCGCAGCCUUGUGCUCUUUUACCAUCACUGAACAUGCCUGCUCCGUGGCUGGCCGGCUUGCGCCGCAAAACCUGGCCACACUGCUGAAAUGCUCGCUGGAAAGCCAAACGACACACCCCGUAGAAGCGUGGAAGCUCUUCUUUCAGAAAGUUUCCUCUUCCCUGAAUGACACCCUGGAGACGUUUGCCACCAUGGUAAAUCCAUUAGCUAAGUAUGUGGGAGUUCUGACAGGUGUCUCUUCGUUUCUCCUUUCAUCCGUUUUUAAGGCUGGCCGGCUUGCGCCGCAAAACCUGGCCACACUGCUGAAAUGCUCGCUGGAAAGCCAAACGACACACCCCGUAGAAGCGUGGAAGCUCUUCUUUCAGAAAGUUUCCUCUUCCCUGAAUGACACCCUGGAGACGUUUGCCACCAUGACCUCCAACAACAGCAGGCCAGCCUUAUCAAACGCCCUUGAUGCUCUGAGAGAGGUGCGACUUGCCAACCUCAGCGACGCAGAACUACAGAGUAGGACCGUCAUUGGGGAUCUGGUCCAGAGAGUUAUUGGGCCGUUCCUGGCCUCCCCAUCCACAAACUUCCUGUUCUGCCUCAGCUCCUACAACUUCAGCUGCCUGACCUACCAGAUUGUCGUCAAGGAAUUGAGCAACCAAAGGCAACUCAUGAACAGUGACAAGCAGCAAGCAGUCUUUACUUAUUUCAUCAAACCGUUCCUGUCACGAAAGGAGUCAUCGGAUCCUGGCUGCACCUUAUCCACCAAUGGGAGUCAGGGUUGGCUACAGGCAAACCUCGGCAGCUUUGCUGGUUUUGCAACCGUCCAGGAUUUGCAAACCCUCAACCCGCACUUGUCUACCAUUGAAAUAUUGUCAGAACUGGCUCCCUCUCAAGUGGCACAGCUCCUAAUAAGUGCAGGGAGCUCAAACGACACAACCCUGAUUGACCUUGCCUUUGAGCGACUUGAAAAGGGUGACGCUCUGGAAAACCUAGACGAAUUCCUCACACAGCUCACAGCGAACGGACAGGUCCUACAGUUCCAGACGGUCGUCCGAGAUCGUGCGAUGACAAGAGCCUUUUACAUCCUAAGGCUACAUUUCCUGACCUUCAGCUCACAAGAGUUGUACCUUUGGUUCCACGUCAAACUGGUUACCAUCCUUGCCAGUUUCACUCCACAGAUGCUCAACAGUACGCUAUCAAGCAUGAGCUGCGCAAACUACCACGUCGUUGUGGGAGGGAUUGCCAAAGUGUUCCCUGGCUCUGUGUAA